AUGGAGAGCGCGGAUCAUCAUCAAAAGAUUGAUGCCAAGGAUCUGAGCCUGGUCCCAGAUUUAGUCCUCCCCCCUAAAUUCAAAAUGCCUGAAUUCAAGAAAUACAAUGGAACAAACUGCCCUGAAGCCCACAUCACCAUGUUUUGCAGGCGAAUGACGGGAUAUGUUAACAAUGACCAGCUACUAAUCCACUGCUUUCAAGAUAGUCUGGUUGGAGAGGCGUCUAAGUGGAUCACUCUCCAGAAUAUGGAAAAAAAGUCAAAUGAAAGUUUUAGACAGUAUACACAAAGGUGGAGAGAGGUGGCCAUACAAGUUCAGCCGCCACUUCUAGAAAAAGAGACAACAAUGCUCUUUAUUAACACCUUGAAAGCCCCUUUUAUCACUCAUAUGUUGGGAAGUGCCACCAAGAGCUUCUCUAACAUAGUGAUGACGGGAGAAAUGAUCGAAAAUGUUGUAAGGAGCGGCAAGAUAGAAUUGGGAGAAAGUGCUAGGAAGUCAGUCCCGAGGAAAAGGGAUAAUGAAGUGAACAACACAAGCACAUUCAACAAGGGGCAGUCCAAAUCAUUUACCAUAAAUCAACCUAAAAUGGUGACCACCAAUCAACAAAGCCCUGAAUCCAAUGCAAGGAAGAACACAGAAAGGCCACAAUUCACCCCUAUACCUAUGACGAUAGGGAGUUGUACCGAACACAUCAACGCUCAUGUGGUAUCCCCUUUCUACCUAGAGCCACUGCAGCCCCCGUAUCCCAAAUGGCAUUCAAUCGAAAAUUGCACUGCAUUCAAGAAAGUUGUCGAAAGACUCAUUAAGGUGGGAAUCGUGAGAUUUGAUAACUCAGCCAUGCCCAAUGUAGCAGGAAACCCACUCCCCAAUCACACCAACCAAGGAGUGAACGGGAUAAGCGAAGGCAAAAACAAGAAGAUUAAGUGUGAGGUUGUGAAAUUCAAGACUCUGUUGAGACAAGUGUGGAGGGAGAUGGUCAUGAGAGGUUUGAUCGCGUUGGAUUUGGGAAGAGAAUCCAAAGAAGAGAGGAACUACUGCGAGUUCCACAAUGAGGUGGGGCAUGAAAUCCAAGAGUGUGUGGAGUUCAGGGCCCUAGUGCAGAACAUGAUAAACAAUAAGGAAAUAGAAUUCUAUGAAGAGACUAAAAACCCCGUAGAGGGAGACAUAUGUGCGUCGGAGGGAGAGUCGAUGAGACCUGCAGUCUUCCUUUACAAAGAUAGCAAAAGGGUCCCAUGGAAUUAUGAUUGUAAUGUGACAAUUCCGGGGAAGGAAAGCCUGGUUGACACUUUAAAAAAGGACCAAGAUAGGGGCUCCUAUACACGUAGCUGGAGACGUUACGAUACAGCGAGUGAGAAGGCACAGCCCGUAAAAGGAAAAGCCCUAGUGGUCAAAGGGGUGAAGGAAAAAGCGACCAAAUCUGAACUUUCUGUCAAUGAGCUAGUUAAUGAAGAAGAGGCUAAGGAGUUUUUAAAAUUCCUAAAGCAUAGUGAAUACAGCAUGGUGGAACAGCUACGUAAACAACCAGCUCGUAUCUCAGUGCUGGCCUUACUUCUAAGCUCGGAAGUUCAUCGCAGCGCGCUAAUGAAGGUCUUGAAUGAAACGUAUGUUGCCAAUGAUAUCUCUGUUAACAAACUGGACCGAUUGGUUAGUAACAUAAGUGUCGACAACUAUAUCUUCUUCAAUGACGAUGAGAUACCACCCGGUGGCAUGGGGUCAACUAAAGCAUUGCACAUUACCAUACGCUGUAAAGGGUAUACGCUGCCAGUCGUAUUGAUUGACAACGGAUCGGCUUUGAACGUCCUGCCAUUGACCACACUAAACAGAUUACCUGUAGACAGCUCUCACAUGAAGGAGUGCCAAAACAUAGUGAAGGCAUUUGAUGGCACGGAGAGAAAGGUGAUAGGCAGAAUCGAGAGGCCCUGGAUACAUUUAGCUGGGGCAGUGCCUUCUUCGUUGCAUCAAAAGUUGAAGCUGGUAUCAGAGGGGAGGUUGAUAACGAUCAAUGCUGAAGAGGAUAUCAUUGCAACUGUGAGCAAUAAUGCGCCCUAUUUGGGGACAGAUGACGAAGCAAUCGAAUGUUCAUUUCGAUCUUUAGAAUUUGUUAAUGCAACCUUCAUCGCUGAGGGAAGCAAAAUUCUGGUGCCAAAAUUGUCCAAAACCACGAGGAUGAGCCUCCAGUUAACGAUCGGAAAAGAAGCCCUACCCGGAAGUGGACUUGGGAGACAUCUGCAAGGAAGGGUUGAAACGCCAAUGCCGAAAGACAAGAGAGACCGCUUCGGUUUAGGAUUUAAGUCGAAUGCGAAACAAAGGAGAAGGGAGCUGGGAAAGAAGCAAGAAAGAAGAAGAGCUCGAUUAACGGGGGAGGAAAUCAAGUGGGAACCAAUGACAUUCCCUCAUAUAUCAAAAACAUUUGUAUCCGGGGGAAUCAUUCAUCCCGAGAGAGACACACCAAUGACGAGAGCUAUAGAAGAAAGGCUGGAAAGCUUGGACAUCAACGUCAUAUGCGAAGAGGAGACCGAAGAGAGAAUUUGUCGGGCAUUUGCCUCUGCACGCCUGGAAGUGUUCUGGACAACUGGACUGCGGAAGAGAUUCUUGUAG